AUGCAGCUAAUGAUUCCGCAGAAAGAGGCUUUCGAGGAUCACAACUCCGAGUUCGAACUCACCGACUUGGAAAUUCAGCAACUCAAGGUUCGUCUCUUUUUUUAUUUUGUUCAAAAAAAACCGGCGAAAUUCAUCUCUGAUGUGAGAAUUCCAUGUAAUUGGAUAUUUUCGGUGGGCCACCUCAUAAUCAAAAAUUUCAAAAUCCCUUGUUUUCGUCGCCUUUUUUUGCAGAGCAGCUGGAAAAGCUUCUCUGAAAAUGAAUAAAGAAGAUUUUGAUUACUAGCGUGGAAAAAAGGAAUGGACCAACAGGAAAAACAGCUGUUUUGGGCUUUUGGUUAAAAAAAUGGGACCAUGCUUAAAUAUGAAAAUGAUGUUAAAAAUUUCAUUCUACUUUUUUUCAAUAUUUGUAUGCCCUUUCUGCGAUUUUUCAGGUUUAGUUAUUGGUCUCAAAUGUUUCAAAUUGUCUGUUGGACACAUACAUUUAUAUUUGAAAAAAAUUAGGCUUGAAACUAAUGAAAAUUUCAGCUUUAUUCGUGAUUUUUUGUUGUCUUUUUCGAUACGUGAUUUAUUUUGGUUUGUAAGUUCAUAGUUUCACAUUGAAUGGCUUGAAGCGAAAAGUAUUUGGAAAUUUUAGAAAUUAGAAAAGUCGGCUGCAGGUGCCGAGCCAUUACACAUGCGACCGCGGGGUUUUUGAAUUAACGGCAAAGAAAGAUCAUGGCAAAUCCUUUCAAAAAAGGGUUUUUAUAUUGGAGCUCUUUUGGUAUGGCUCUGAAAUGAAUGAACGCAAAAUUUUCAUUUUAAUAAUUAUCGCUGGAGCAAUCAUAACUGUACAGUUUUAUUUAAAUUUUCGUAGUUAGUCUGUUUUUUUUUCUUGCAAAACAUGCCUUUUCACUGCUGUUUUAUCGAAGCUUCCUUUUUUUUCAGUUUUCUUGUAAUAUCGUUUACAACGAACAUCUCCUCACAAAACCAAAUCUAGCCAAUAAAACUAGAGGAAAGGCGAAAAAGCAGGAAGUCGCAUUGCUAAUUACUGCAUUCACUUUUGUGCCAACAAACAAAGCCGAAAAAGGGGAAAAUUGAGUCUUUGCGACGAGAUGCGACGCUGAUUUGAACACGAGGAAAUAUUUGCCCCGCGGGGGUUGAAAAGGCCUCCAUUUUCCGCUGGCUGAUCUCCAAUCCAAGGCCUUUCUUCAAACUUGAGUCCUGUGGGAAGAAGUUCAUCGAAAACAAGAUUCUGGAAGAGGAAUUAUAUAUUUGACAAAUUUUUUUCCAAAGAUCACUGAAAAAUUUCUUCUUUCUCAGAAGUUCUAAUGAUCCGAUUGGGAUGAGAUUUCAAUAGGUUGAAAAAAAUUGCAUCCGGAAUUUUUUUAUAGACGAUCCCUCACGACAUCAAAGUAUAUGCCAACUCUUUUAUCUAUUUUUUUUUUGACAAUCCUUUCUUUAAGCUUUUUCAGGACCGUAUUUUUUUAAUGACUGAUUUUUUUAAAUUUUUAUAAAAAGCUAGCAGGGAAUUGAUUAUAGCCAAUCCUUCAAUUUAAUUUUUUUUAAUAUUAUUUCGAAUUUUCAUAAAUAACUGAACUUCUAACAAAAAAUUUUCUUUACAAUAUUUCUUCAGGAAUGACACAAGAGCGCAUUUAUUCGUUAAUAGAUAGAUUUUUUUUUGCGAAAGAAGCUUGUCAUAAUUUUAUUCGAGGGAAUUCCAAUUUUUUAUUUUUCAAUCUCAAAAGAUGUCAGUUUUCUAUUAGCUCCUUAAAAACAAGAAAAACACCAUAUAUUCACCCAGACAACUUCCUUUUAUCUCCGUGCUUCAGUUUUACUACUUUUUCUUCUCCUUGAACGACCCUACAAUUAAUUGGCUUGGAUAAUUGAAAAGGAACAUGUCACGUGCAGCUUUUACUGCGAAUGAAGUUUUCGAAAGAAAAAAAAGUUUUGAAUAAUGAAUAAUGCACAAGGAGUUCCGUUUGGUUGAUAAAGUGUGCAGAUGGAUGAAGGGAUUGAAGUUUUGUUGAGAAAGGGCGAGACAUAGGUCUUCGAAGAAACCUUACUAAUGAAAAGACGAAAAAAAAAUAAGAAAAGUGGUCUUCGGCUUGAACUUAUUCAGAAAAAGUGCUCUACCUGAAUUCUUUUUAUAGAUGACCAAUACUAGAGUAGUCACUAGAAAUGCCCCGACACGUUCGGUUUUUAAGCUUUUCCAAAUAAUCCAAGUUUUCUCCAUGGUUCGCACAAGUUUCACCACCUUCUUCCACCUCGAAGCUGUUUUUUCUCUUAUUGAAAAGUGUUUACAAUUUUCUUCUAUUGAGAACUUGACAUUAGAAAAGCUGAAAGAAUCCUUUUAGUGUCCAGGGAUUACUAAUAAGGAGAAUGAAGGGGCACACGGAAACGGGUUUUCCCCUUUUCGAAUGGGGGAAAAAGGCUUUUCUCAGACAGAUAUCGCGUCGUGUUUUCGGCUGUCUCUGUGAUGAUGAUGAUGACAAGAGCCAUUUGUUUACGGAAAGUUGUGUGCCUUUUGACGAGAACAGAACGGCUAACGAAUCACCUAACUUGUCCUUUUUUUUCGAAACCAAACAAAAGUCUAGAAAUAUUGAUUUUUUCAAAAAUCUGAGGAAUCGAUGUGAAAAUCUUGAAUUGUCUAAAGAACGCAUAAGACUUGGCUUUACCUAUUUUGAAAAGCUUUUUCUGACUUGAAUUUAUUUAUUUUCUGAGCAGCUAUGCUUUUUGAACGCAAAAAAUAUUCCUUCAAAAUAAACUUUCUUACGGAAAGUUUUAUUUAAAGUUCUCAAUCGCAACUUUUUUCAAAGAAAAUAUCAAGCCGAUACCUGAACAAAAAAAAUUGUUUUUUGAUUCUUAGCCUUUUUCAUUCUUCCAAUCUUCUUAAACUCUGAAGUGCUGAGAACAUUGUUAUUUCGCGGCUCGUCGAGCAAUCUUUUGCGUUUUUAUUCUUUAGAGUGGGCGUAUUUUUAUCGGACCAAGACUGAAAAAGAACUCCUCUGCUGGUUACUGGCCUCCAGAAAUUCCUUUCUUGGAAGUUCAGGCUAAAGAGAGCUGAAACUACAGAGAAAGAGCUCAUCAUUUUUUGACCCCACUCGAAAAUGUAUUCGAAGCUUUCUUGUGCAAAAAAUAAGUCUUUUUCCUUCUUUUUAUUCGGCGCAGGACCAAUAAAAAGUCCAAUAACUCGAAAAGUGGUCCGGUUAUUGCCGAUUAUGACUGAGUAUACCUAUGAGGAAGUCGCUCCGAUAUGAAUUUAAAAAUAGACAAGAACUAGCUGCAAAUCAAGAGCAGCUCCUCAAAAUAGCGGUGUUUUAAAUUUUUCUGUUCCUGACCGAAAUAGAGAAGUUUUGAAUUCAAAAAAUGAAAAAUUGAUAUUUUUUUUCUUUUGAACAGCUUCUGUUGUUUUGACAUGAAUGAAGCUAACGAGCAUAAUAAUUCGACGAGUCUUUUGAGAUUCUGCCGCUGCUUCAAUUUCACGCUUCCCUAGGCGUUCUGAAAGGUCGCGUUUUGUUUUUUGCUCUCAUUCUGCAGAAAAAUAUUCGAAAGGAAUCAGAAAUGGGAUGCAAAAUUUCAAGUGGAAAUCAUCGGGGAAAGAUCCCAUGAUCUUCAUAGUUUUGAUAGAGUUCAAAAAAGAUCUUGCGAACCAAAAAAAUAAUUCAAAAUAUAAUAACUAAAAGAAAGAUUGUUUUAUCCGUAGAGCACUUUUUAUAAUUUUUUAAAAAAAGCUUCAACUAACAAAAAAAUAUUAGUGAUAGUUAGUUUGAAAUGCUAAAAGUUCACAGAUAUUUUAGUUUUCGUGAAAUUUUUCCACUCUAGUACUGAGCGUCAUGCUUUUCUUGAAAAUCAGGGAAAUUUAGUUCAAAAACCAAUUUAAGAAAUAUUAGGUGAUUUUUGAAGAGCUCAUCUGGAAAAAUCUCAAAACUUCGACAAUUUCAGCUGCUCAAAAUCCAGUCUAACUUGAAAAAAAUAUUGAUAAAUCUUUUACGUUGUUUUUUUCUCAAUAAUGAACUCUUCAUUAUAUGACUUGGAAUUCAUUUUAAUUCGAAUAAUAAAUUUAGGAGCACAACCAGAAACGCGUAAAACGCGUCGUCGGCAUGGUCGCCAUCGCGAUGACGAUGUUGUCCCUGGCGCUGGUCGCCUUUUCCUUGGCCCUCGGCAAAAAAAUCGACCUUAUGGGUACGUCUUCCCAAAAAACUUGCGAAAAAAAAAAAUCAAAUCAAAUUCACUUCCUGCUGACCGCAAUGAACUGCCUCCGACGUUUUGAAAAUGCUCGAAAUCGAGACGGGCCGUGUGUUUGAAAAUCCUCGAAACAACAAUAAGUGCCGUGAAUUUCGGGCCCAAUUGCUUUCUUUCCUACUCGAGUGACGAGACGGGUUCCCACCCUUUAAUUGCGUGUUAAAUUUGGAUUUUGUCCUCGAAAAAAGGAUGAAAAUUAAAUUUUUAUUGCAACUUUUCCUCGAUAAGAAAAUUUCAUUCAGUCAGAUUUUGUAUCAAAGUAGUGGUGAAAUUAGCCGGUUUUCCACACUUGAAAUACUCUCAAAGUGCCCAAAAGUGGCAAGUUUUCAUUUUUACUUAAACUGAUAUUUUUUCUUGAUUGGCUAGCCACGCCCAUUAUCGACGUUCUUCAAGUUUCGUUAACUGGACAUUUUUAUUUUUUUUUUAGGGGUUAGGAUAGAUGGAUUUUUAAAUUUCUUUAAAAUUAUCAAAAAAAUGACAGAUUUUUUUAUUUGCCUUCUAAAGGACCAUUUUUUUGAGUCUAGCCAUGCAAAAAAAAUAAGUUUAUAAAUUUAUAAGGCAGGGUUGAAUUGACUAAUCUUCCCUUUUAUUUCUUUCUUGUUGGGAAAAACCGGUCAAAAUGUGAUUUUUUUGACUUUGAAAUCUUUUUCAUCGAAUCAAAAAAAUCAAAAAUUCCCAAGCGUUUUUUUCUUCGAGACUGGAAAUCUCAAGAAACAAGCGUAACCCAUUCUUUUGUUUGAAAUAUCGGAUAUAAUGAACUUUGUGGGAAAAUGUUGCACCUUUCUUUUUUUCGUGGGCGUCGGCCGGAAGUGCCGACGUCACACCAAAGAGGCCGAAUAAAAAUACAACAAAUUAGGGUUCUUUCGCGCUUCUCUGCACCUUAAUUAGAUACGCGGCUUUUUCCCCAGCCGAGAUAAUACAUAUUCAAAAGCAAACGGGAAAAGCGUUGCCGCGGGAACAAGUUGCGUAGCUCUUCUUGUGGAGAUUUGCAGUGGAUAAUCAGAAUUUCAAGAAAAGCAAGUAGGAAUGAAGUCUGAAUGUACUGGAAAAAAGGGAAAAUUGCUUCCUUUUUUUUCGUCGAAUAUUCUCAACACCUUUCAUUAAUUAGAAGCAAAUUUCCAGACUCUCAAGAAUCCAAAUUUCUGCGGAAAAAAGAUUAAAUUUUCCAUGGAGCGCACAAUCUUCAGUCUUUUUUUCGGCCAUUUUUUCUCGUGCCUGUCACGCCAGAAAUCGAGCCAACAGUCAGUCUCGUGUCUUGAUUGGCAAAUGAAGCUGGAGAUUCUCACGAGAGUUUGCGGAUUCCAUGCCUUAUUCAUCCGGAAAGUUCCCACGGCGGCGAGGAAACCCGAUGCUGAACUUUGCUGUGUUUUUUUCUUUUGCCAGAGCCUCAUGCUCACCAGACAGCACGUCUGUAUACCACGUGUGGGCAGGAAUUCAGAAAUCUAAAGGUGAAAAAAAAUCCCAAGGAGAAAGUUGAAGUUGUGGGAUCAAUUUGUCACUCAUUUUUUGAGUUAACAAAUUACGCUCUAUUGAUAACAUAUUUUAGGUUUACUAAUUUAGGGACCGCAGGCAGUUUUCUAGAAACCAUCAGAUUUAAAUGAUUUUUAUAUGACCGUGUACUUCAUAGUCCUGGCAACUUUUAAAAAAAGAGAUCUUGGAAAAAUAUUGACUCUGAACGAAGUUACAGCCAUUAAAGCGCGCGUUUCGCAUGUGAAGUUCUAUUUUGUUUUCCGAAUUACAUUACUGAACGUUUUGACUCAUUUCAAAAAAGUUUUACGCUAUUUUUGCUUUGAAAAGAUCGCGAAUUCGGAAUUUUCGUGGGUCGGUGAAUGCACAAUUUUUCCAACGCGCAAAUGCAGGACGCUGUUUUUAUUGUUCGAAUGAAUCAAAUUUUGAAAGCACAAGCAGGAUUUUUUUAAUUUUUUUGACUAUGUUGAAGAAAAAAAGUAAUUCAAAUCAAAAUAAGAAAAAAAUAAUUUGCCUACGACGGCUAAAAACACUUUUUCCAAGUGUUUCAAAAAAAUCAAAAAAAUCAAAACUUAUUUUUUUAAAAUUAAGGUUGGAAUGAAAGUUUUUGUUUUUUUAUUUUUUUAAAAUGUUCUAAAAUUUAUAGAGAACAGUUCAAAAAAAUUUUUUACGAUGUUUCGCGGAAAAUGCCAAAGUUCCCGAAUUUCGAAAGUUGCGAUUUUCCGACGCUUCGAUACUUGAAAGCACAAAGCAGGAAUCUUUUUUAUUUUUUUACUUAUAUGGUGUAUUUUCACAUGCUUAACAAAAUAAGAAAAAAAAAUAACUUGCCUACGAGCGGGAUUGUAAGUAUUCAACGUUUUUCCACUUUUUCGCACAAAGGCGUCGCGAAAAAACGUCAUUUUAACCGAUCCUUUUUAUUUACAGCUAUUUCUUCUAUGUAGAUAUGUAGAGAAUAGCUGAUUGUAUGUUUCCCUCAAUUUUUUCCCAAAACGGUUCAGGGAAACUGCAUAAACAACAAUGAAAUGUCAAAAAUGCAACGAAAUAUACGACGUUUUUUGGUCAGCGAGGGGGCCUUGCGGUCCCUAUACUAAUUUUCAUGAAAUUUUGUUUAUGAUUUUUCUUUUUAAAAAUCAAUGACUAUAAAACAAGUUUUUUUUUUCAAAAAUAAGCUCAAAAAAAAUUUCAGAACUUUAUUUAGUCAAUAAAUAAGGAAUUUCAAAAUCUUCUUGAAUGUCUAUGGAGCGAACAAACCUCAAUUUGAAUUUGAAAGCAAACUUUUCCCCAAUACUGCCAAAUAUGAUGCUGGCCAAGGUACACUAGGAAAAUUCGCAAAAAAGGCUCUGCGCCUUUAAAAGAACCAAAAAACUUCAAAUUUCUUUUUUGCAGUUGAAAGAUCGGUGGAGCAGCGCAUGGAGGACUUUCAUGGAAUGACCGGCAUCAAUCUUACCGAGAGGAUACGGUAG